UUUUUCAAAGAUAUUUUUUACUUUCAGCUAAUUUGAAAAUGACAGAGCAUAAAUUUUGUGUUGCAAUUUGGGAAGAAGGACGAAGCAUUGUUAAAGACAUUGUUCCAUGUAGUUGGAUUGACAUUGAAAGUAAACUUGUUAGUUUUCCAAGAAAUCCUGUUACUUCAGUUCUAUCGAUGAUAAAGUUGUGCACUCAGCCUUCUAAAUCUUGGUUUUCUUUCCCACUAAUUAAGAUUAAGUGUUCUAAUGAUUCAUAUGAAGAUCUAGUUAGAGAGCUAAAACUUGGAAUACCAAGUACAGAUGAAGAAAAAAAGCCAUUUCGAUUUUUAAGACGUAAAAAGAAAGCCCAAAAUGUUGGUUUUGUUUAUAGUAGUGAUGAAAUGGAAGAGGAUGUUAUAACCAAGAAAAAGUACAGUAAUAAACAAAACAUGACAGCAUCUACAAUUGAGAAUACUUGUGUCGAUCAAUUAGUUAAAUACCCCAGUAUUGAACACUGCCAUAGUGAUAGAAUACAACCAAGAGGUAAUACUGUGAUCAAUAAUUGGGAAAUAUUGGACUUUACUGUUAUUCAAGACCAAGCUAAAAUGCUAACAUCUCUUCCUGUUACGUUUGUUCCGGAUCUAGAGCAAGAUAAAGUGCUAACAUCACUUCCUGUCACCAGUGGUGAUACAAUAGACACAAUCUGCGAGAAUGAUAUUGGUUACAGUGAACAAUACAUGGAAUCAAGUUUCCUUUGUUUAAUCACAGAAAAUGCAAAAUCACAACCAACAAUAUCUAAUAGAGAGGGGGAAAUGCGAUUAAAUAGUAAAAAUAGCGCAUACCCAUUGGAAGCGGCCAAGUUUAAACAAAAAUUGAUGUUGUCUUUGUCACAUAUCAGUCACCGAUUGGUUUUAUUAGAGAAAAAAUUCGGUCGAUUAGCUGAAGUUUUAACUAAAAACGCAGACAACGAUGGCAAUAGUUUAUUUAACCGAAUCAGCCACUCUAAAGAUCUUGUUCCUUUUGAAGCCAAAUUGAAAGCAGACGUUGAACUUCAACGGAAACUAAAAUUAUCGUUUGACGCUUUGGCUCUUUCAGCGGACAAUGAAAAAGAGCAUAUUGCAUCUAUCUUUGAUAUGUUAAUGACGAAUAAAGUCCAGGUUAAAGUCAAUCUUAUGUACGGCAAUAAUGUACCUGGAAAAAACUAUACCGACCAUGCAUUAACAGAGUUAGAAACUUUACUAAUGUGCAUGUUGAAGUCUUUGACACAAAAGUGGAAAUCAUGUUCAGAAGCAUACCUCAAAACGAAGAUGAGUGAGCGUUUAAAGCAAUCGCGUAAAAGAGUCGCAGCUGAACAGCGGUACCACAUAUCAUUUGAAGACAAACUUUAA